GAUGCUUCUAGGUGGCUGAAGAAACGGAAAGCGGUUUACAGUCUGAGGUAAAAUUGGAAAAAGGGAAAGGCGCGGUAACGUUCCCGAGGCCUUCUCUCUACUCCGUUCCUAGCCUCUCUUUCCAUGGGACUUCUGGGCGAAUUGACACGGGGCCUGGUUCGGGGCGCUGACCGUACGGCAGCCUGGACGAGCAAACGAGGCCCACGAACCUUCUCCAAGAGCCGGGGCACUAAGGUCGUCGGCUACCUCACGUGUAGUAGGAAGUUCAAAUUUGUGCCCGAGAUGAUGCCUAAGCUGGUAGUGCCCGACUUGACCGGCUUCAAACUCCGGCCUUACGUCUCCUACCGCGCCCCUGCAGGCAGCGAGCCGCCCCUCACCGCUCACGACCUCUUCCAAGAGACUGUCGCCCCCCGGAUCAAGGAGGACAUCCAGGAAGGCACCUUCGACGCGGAGAACCUGGAGAAAUAUGGCUUUGAGCCCAGCCAGGAAGGGAAGCUCUUCCAGCUCUUUCCCAAGAACUUCGUGCGGUAAGAAGAGGGAGGAAGCCAUAGGCCGAGCUUGUAAAGAUAAAGCAGCACUCUUCCCCUCCCGCCUCACCUGCUUUAAGACAACGAAAGAGGCCCUUCGCUGGAUUUGACCCACAAAGCAAAAAAAACUUGAAAACUUUUGUGGCGCAAAAAGUAAAAAGCCCACUUAGCGAUGGCUUCGUUGUGGAGUGACUUUGUGGAGAAAUUUGUCACGCGGGCAGUUUUCGUGAGGGGAAGGGGCAGAGAGAAACCCAUAUAAAGAUGUUUCAACCUGAAAACUA